ACUCCUUGGGCUUCUCGGUUGGAGGAAGGGGUAAGGGGAGACGCCAGAGAAAACCAUAGAGUACCUCCGUCAGCCGACAAGGGGAAGAGAGAGCGGCCUCCAUCGGCCCGAAGUCCUAGAGGCGGCUGGGCCGGAGGCGGUCGCACAAAGGGAGUCCCGGGAGGCCGCUCCAGCUGCUGGCGGACCAUAGAGACGCGGCUCCCGCCCGCCCUGGGCCGGGAGGUGAGUGAGCGGCUGCCGGGCGGGAAGUAGGAAGGGGUACGUGUGGAGCGGGCCGGAGGCAAAAGUUUCUCGAGCACCAGGAUGAGGGUGGGCCUGGGCGGCGGGACCCCUCGGGAGGAGGUGCUGAACGGAGCACGCCGACGAUCGGGGCCCCGGCGCAUCACAGCAGCAGUCCCGGUGCCCCAGCCGCGUCACUGCUCUGGACCCCGCCCGACUAUCCGCUGCCUCGCCUCUGGACAGUAAUCAUGACGAUGCUCCAUCCCAAGCUUUGCAGGUUACAAAACGGCCUUGCCAUUUGCUGGCUCUUGUGAUUCUCGCUCCCGUCCAACGAUGUGGACGCUGUCAUCACCUCCACUUUAUAGAUAGGAAAGCUGAGGCCCUGGAAAGCGAGGUGACUGUAUCUGUCUGAGGCCACGCGGCCCUCUCUCCACCUUAAUUUGGCCUUUCUCUUCCUCAGUGCCUCCUGUGACUACCUGUCUGCCACCUUACCCGCCUUCCAGCGGCUGAAGGUUCAGGUUCUCCAUCUAGACGGAUAGUCCUCCUUGGCUCCCCGCAGAGCGGUGAUAAUAUUCAGCUUAACAGCACAUAAGGAGACCACAGAACACGUCAGUGGUGAUGACAGACCCCGUGUUGGACUCACAGCCAACCAACAACACUGGGGAGAUGGAUGGACUAUGCCCGGAGCUAUUGCUGAUCCCCCCAUCUCUCUCUAACCGUGGAAUCCUGGAGCCCGUCCAGAGUCCCUGCCCUGCUGGGAACCCCACACCUUUGCCUGGUGACCCAGGCUGCCUGCUGGUAGAGGCCACAGCAACUGAAGAGGACACAGGGAACAUGGAGAUCAUCGUGGAAGCAGUGGCUGGAAACCUGUCCCCAGGUGCUCCUGGAGAGACCCCAGGUGUCCUGGUAAAGGUGGUGGAGGUGUACUUCUGUGAGCGCUGUGAGCAGAGCUUUGCAGAGCCCACUCUGCUGGCCCUGCACCAGUGUGCUGAGCCCCUCAUACAACCUCUGCCGAGCCUCUCUGGCCCCCCAUGCUCCGUAGAGCUCACCCCCAGCAACCUCCCUCUCUCUGGCCCUGUGCAGGGGCAGGGCCUGCCAGAUAGCCCCCUGCCGUGCCCCGUGUGUAGACAGGAGUUUGCCCAGCCCCAGGCCCUGAAGAGCCACUUCAAGAGUCACCGGGGCCCUCCCGCCACCUUCCCCUGCCCGGAGUCCGGCUGUGCGUUCUCUGCGGAAGAUCGCAAGGCCCUGCAGCUCCACCUGAGGCAGGCCCAUGCCGCGGUCCCCGUGCCGUGCUCUUUCCGGGGCUGCCCCCUGCUCUUCGGGAGCCGGCAGGCCAUGGAGCUGCACCGACAGGCCCAUUACCCUUUCCACUGCAACCAUUGCAGCUUUAUGGGUUCCAACGUCAAACUCUUCCGGCAGCAUCAGCGGAGCCACGGGCCUGGGCCGCAGGGAGAACUGUCUGCCCGGCAGGGUCCUCCGGCCCAGGAGCUGCUGCCAGCUCCCAAACUGUCCCCUAGAGGGGGAGAGCCAUCAGAACAAGCAGAGGCGCCCUUGCCCAGGGAGCAGUCAGCGGAUGAAGGGGACGCGGAGGAAGAAGAGAGUGGCGCUCUGAAGGACACCCAGAAAGGCCAGGGAGCUCAGCAGUUAGAAGGGGACGUGCCUCCUGGCACCGAGUCCCUCUUCAAGACCCACAUGUGUCCGGAGUGUAAGCGCUGCUUCAAGAAGCGAACACACCUGGUGGAGCACCUGCACCUGCACUUCCCCGACCCCAGCCUGCAGUGCCCCAACUGCCAGAAGUUCUUCACCAGCAAGAGCAAGCUGAAGACGCACCUGCUGCGGGAGCUGGGCCAGAAGGCCCACCGCUGCCCGCUGUGCCACUACAGCGCCGUGGAGAGGAAUGCGCUGAACCGCCACAUGGCCAGCAUGCACGAGGACAUUUCCAACUUCUACUCAGACACCUACGCUUGCCCUGUGUGCCGGGAGGAGUUCCGCCUCAGUCAGGCCCUGAAGGAGCACCUCAAGAGCCACACGGCGGCAGCCGCCACAGGGCCGCUGCCCCUGCACUGCUUUCAGGAGGGCUGCGGCUACAUGGCCCCCGACCGCAAGGCCUUUGUCAAGCACCUGAAGGAGAGCCACGGCGCGCGGGCUGUCGAGUGCCGCCAUCACUCGUGCCCCCUGCUCUUCGCCAGCGCCGAGGCCAUGGAGGCACAUCGCAAGAGCCACUAUGCCUUCCACUGCCCGCACUGCGACUUCGCCUGCUCCAACAAGCACGCAUUCCGCAAACACAAGAAGCAGGGCCACGCGGGCAGUGAGGAGCUGCGCUGCACCUUCUGCCCCUUUGCCACCUUCAACCCCGUGGCCUACCAGGACCACGUGGGCAAGAUGCACGCCCAUGAGAAGAUCCACCAGUGCCCCGAGUGCGCCUUCGCCACUGCCCACAAGAGGGUGCUCAUUCGCCACAUGCUGCUGCACACAGGUGAGAAACCUCAUAAGUGUGAACUCUGUGAUUUCACGUGCCGAGACGUGAGCUACCUGUCCAAGCACAUGCUGACCCACUCCAACACCAAGGAUUACAUGUGCACUGAGUGUGGCUACGUCACCAAGUGGAAGCAUUACCUCAGUGUGCACAUGCGGAAACACGCGGGGGACCUCAGAUACCAGUGCAACCAGUGCUCUUACCGCUGCCACCGGGCCGAUCAGCUGAGCAGCCACAAGCUGCGCCACCAGGGCAAGUCCCUGAUGUGCGAGGUGUGUGCCUUUGCAUGCAAGCGGAAGUACGAGCUGCAGAAGCACAUGGCCUCCCAGCACCACCCAGGCCCGCCAGCCCCACUCUACCCCUGCCGCUACUGCAGCUACCAGAGCCGCCACAAGCAGGCGCUGCUGAGCCACGAGAAUUGCAAGCACACCCGUCUGCGCGAGUUCCGCUGCCCACUCUGUGACUACCGGACCUUCAGCAACACCACCCUCUUCUUCCACAAACGCAAGGUCCACGGCUACGUGCCUGGCGACCAGGUAUGGCAGCUCCGCUAUGCUGGCCAGGAACCCGAGGGGGCUGGGCUGGGCCCAAUGCCCCCACUGGACUCCGAGCCCCCCAGCCAGCCGCCCGCCUCACCUGAGGGGCCAGACCCGGACCCUGCGCUGGCAGUGGAGCCCCACUCAGACCCGGCCCCGCCAGAGACCAGCGAGGAGGAGAGCACCGGGAGACAGGAUGGCAGUGAGGUUCCACAGGGGGACGACCUGGCUGGCAGCCCCAGUCUGGCAGAGGUCGAUGAGGGAGGGUGCACGCUGCACCUAGAGGCCUUGGGUGUAGAGCUGGAGCCCGUGGCUGAGCCACCCCUGGAGGAGAUCACCGAAACUACCCCGAUGGCCUUUAGGCCCCUGGAUCCCGCAGGGCCCCUGAGACUCGAAGGGUCAGAUGGAACUUUGACUGAGCUAUCUGCCUUUGAAGCUGCUGGGACUUCGGAUUUGGGUGCUGAAGAAGAGCCUGUUCCGGAAAAGCCAGUCCCAGAGGCCCCCCAAAACCUCCCUUCCUCAGAGGAGCCCCCUGACAGCUGGGCGGGAGCCUUGAAGGCCACUCUGCCCGCUGAGAGCACUCCGCUCCCCCAGUUCCCCGAGUCGGAGUCCCUGCUCAAGGCCCUGCGGAGGCAGGACAAAGAGCAGGCCGAGGCUCUGGUCCUGGAGGGGCGGGUUCAGAUGGUAGUCAUCCAGGGAGAGGGGCGCGCCUUCCGCUGCCCACACUGCCCGUUCAUUACCCGCCGGGAGAAGGCUCUGAGCGUGCACUGCAGGACCGGGUGCCAGGGCCGCCGAGGGCCCCUGCUGUGCCCCGAGUGUGGAGCCAGCUUCAAGCAACAGCGUGGCCUCAGCACCCACCUGCUGAAGAAGUGUCCCGCUCUGCUCAGGAAGAACAAGUCUUUGCCUGGACCGGGCUCCCCACUGCCCCCAGGUACCCAGGUCUCCGAGGACACAGAAGGUGCGAAGUCCCCCCCUGCCCCGCUAGAAGGAGAGCCAGCGCUCCCCAAAGAGGCUGCUGCUGCACUUCCCGGGGAGCCAGAAGAAGUAGAGGAGCCCCCUGGACUGCGCUCCAUGUCCGGGGAUGCCUUACCCGCAGAGACCCCUGAGAAGUUCCACUUCGAGCAGGGCAAGUUUCACUGCCACUCAUGCCCCUUCCUGUGCUCUCGGCUCUCCUCCAUCACCUCUCAUGUGGCUGAAGGCUGCCGGGGGGGCCGCGGCGGGGGAGGAAAGCGAGGGGCCUCUCUUCUGAGCUGUGGGGACUCUGUCUCCCCCAGCAGUGGGAGUGCAGAGGGCAGCCCCAGGACUGGGGACACGGCACUGGCUCCAAAGCAGAAGGGGGCCCGCUUCUCCUGCCCGACAUGCCCCUUCAGCUGCCGCCAGGAGCGGGCCCUGAGGACGCACCAGAACCGGGGCUGCCCCCUCGGAGAGUCUGGAGAGCUGCACUGCAGCCUCUGCUCCUUUACCGCUGCCGCUGCUGCCACACUCAGGCUCCACCAGAAGCGGAGGCACCCCACCACCGCCCCCCCGGCCCGCGGGCCCCGGCCCCCACUCCAGUGCGGGGACUGUGGCUUCACCUGCAAGCAGAGCCGCUGCCUACAGCAGCACCGGCGGCUCAAGCACGAGGGAGUGAAGCCCCACCAGUGCCCCUUCUGUGACUUCUCUACCACUAGGCGGUACCGGCUGGAGGCCCACCAGUCCCGCCACACGGGAGUUGGCCGCAUCCCCUGUAGCUCCUGCCCACAGACAUUCGGUACCAACUCAAAACUGCGCCUGCACCGGCUGCGGGUCCACGAUAAGACGCCCACCCACUUCUGCCCGCUGUGCGAUUAUAGCGGCUACCUGCGACAUGACAUCACGCGACACGUCAAUAGCUGCCACCAGGGCACCCCCGCCUUUGCCUGCCCCCAGUGCGAGGCGCAGUUCAGCUCAGACACAGCGCUCAAGCAGCAUGCACUGCGCCGGCACCCUGAGCCGCCCCCCACCACGCCAGGCUCCCCUGCCACCGAGGGCCCCCUGCGCUGCUCCCGCUGUGGGCUGCUUUGCGCCAGCCCGGCCAGCCUGCGGGGCCACACCCGCAAGCAGCACCCGCGACUGGAGUGUGGGGCCUGCCAGGAGGCCUUCCCCAGCCGGCCAGCCCUGGACGAGCACCGGCGGCAGCAGCACUUCAGCCACCGCUGCCAGCUCUGUGACUUCGCAGCCCGGGAGCGCGCUGGCCUGGUUAGGCACUACCUGGAGCAGCACGAGGAGGAGGAGGAGGAGGCGGUGGUGGCAGGUGCAGAGACCCCGGAGGGCGGCGCAGGGGCCAGCCAGCCCCCCUUGCGCUGCCCCUUCUGUGACUUCGCGUGCCGCCACCAGCUGGUGCUGGACCACCAUGUGAAGGGGCACGGCGGCACCCGGCUGUACAAGUGCACCGACUGUGCUUACAGCACCAAGAACCGCCAGAAGAUCACCUGGCACAGCCGCAUCCACACGGGAGAGAAGCCCUACCGCUGCCACCUCUGUCCCUAUGCCUGUGCCGACCCCUCCCGCCUCAAGUACCACAUGCGGAUCCAUAGGGAGGAACGGAAGUAUCUGUGCCCCGACUGUGGCUACAAGUGCAAGUGGGUCAACCAGCUCAAGUACCACAUGACCAAGCACACAGGCUUGAAGCCAUACCAGUGCCCCGAGUGCGAGUAUUGUACCAACCGGGCCGACGCACUGCGCGUGCACCAGGAGACUCGGCACCGGGAGGCACGGGCCUUCAUGUGCGAGCAGUGCGGCAAGGCCUUCAAGACACGCUUCCUGCUGCGCACCCACCUCCGCAAGCACAGUGAAGCCAAGCCCUACGUGUGCAACGUGUGCCACCGUGCUUUCCGCUGGGCUGCCGGCCUGCGCCAUCACGCGCUCACCCACACCGACCGGCACCCCUUCUUCUGCCGCCUCUGCAGCUACAAGGCCAAGCAGAAGUUCCAGGUGGUGAAGCACGUGCGCCGGCACCACCCAGACCAGGCCGACCCGAACCAAGGAGUGGGGAAAGACCCCACCACCCCCACGGUGCACCUGCAUGAUGUGCAGCUGGAGGACCCCAGCCCUCCUGCUCCUGCUGCUCCCCCAACAGGACCCGAGGGCUGAGUGCCUGCCCCCUCCCCCACCAUCACGGAGGGGGUGGUCCCACAUGUGCAGACCUGCAGACCAGAAGCAGAGCUCCCCUGCAGCUCCAGGGCCUAAGGAAGGGCUGGCUUCGAGGUUUCGGGGGCUCAGGCUGUAGUACUGGGACGCUGAUGGCCGUAUAAAGGAGUGACAUGGACCACAGAUUGAUUUCCGGUGGAGACCCCCUAUGUUUCUGACCUGUGAGUUCCCGCUUCCUUCAUUGCUCCCCCAGAGCCCCCAGCUCUAAGACCUUGGUUUCGCCCAUUAGGUCUUCCCCUCCCUCCUUGCUCUGUCCAGUCCUGUGUUUUUCCAGCACCCUCCAGACAGUUGUAUAUGACCGCAUGUGCUGUUGCGCCUCCUGCUCUCUGAAGCAUGUUAAACAGAGUGGUGACGAGCUUA